CCUCUCACACCCACGUGAAUUCUCUUCUCUUGACAAGAUGUGUUGCAACUACGGCAACUCCUGUGGCUAUGGCUGUGGCUAUGGCUACGACUGUGGCUAUGGCCCCUAUUACAGCUGGAGUUAUGGACCUGGCUAUGGAUGUGGAUAUGGCUCCCGGUAUGGCUGUGGCUCUGGUUGUGGAUAUGGCUGGGGAUAUGGCUCCUGCUGUGGCUACGGCCCCAGAUAUGGCUGUGGUUGUGGCUAUGGCUCCGGCUGCUAUGGUUACCGGCCAUUUUGCUAUAGAAGAUGUUAUUCUUCUUGCUGCUAGAACAUCACCCCAUUGUCCCCUAAAUAAGACACAUCUAAUGAGAGGGCUGAAUCAAGGAUUCAUACCUCACAUUUUCUAUAUCCACAAAAUUGCAUGCUUCACAGAGGCUCUCACUUCCAAGCAACAUUUCUAGAAUGGCAUCUUGUGCCUCAAGGCUGUGUGGUAUCAUCUGACUGUUUUCUAAAUGUUGGUGUUUAUUCCCUUACUCUGGAUUCUGUCAUCUGACUGUGGCAACAAGCCUAACACCCCACAGUUGGGCAAAUUCCUUAUUCUCAAUAAAAAUGAUUCUUUGC